AUCUUUCACUGGGCCCUCGGCGGCGUAGAGGUUCGCCUCUUCUCUCGUGCUUGCGUGUGUGUGUGUCGCGACGCAUCGUGGCGGCUUCGUUCGCUCCUCCGCUCUGCGGCGCACGCACUGCUAGACGGACAGACAGACAGACGGGCCAACCGAGCGACCUCUCCGCGUGCCUGCUUGGUGCGGGGGGGAAAAAAAAUCGGCCGCCUCGUCGCCGUCGUCGUUCGCUCGCUCGCGAGCCGCCACGCCGCCCGUAGUUAGCAGUGUGUGACUCGGCGUUCGCGUUUGGCUCGCGGCUGCUACGUCGCCGUCAACUGCCCACCCGUAAAGCUGUCGCCUGCCGGCCCCUCGUCCCAACCACGAGAGGCCAGCACCCCGUCGAGGGAGAUCGGUACCCCGUCUCGAUCGCUGCUGCCCUGCGGAGGAGCUGUUUGGGGGGUGGUGGAGGAAGCGGGUGUUCCCGUGCUGCUACGACGACGACGCUAGCUUUCUUGUCGGCGGCGAGGCUGGGAAGGCAGGCGCCCCUCCCCGGUACGACAACGGCCGCGCCAUUUUGGAGAAAAAGGGUCUGGCGGCCGCUAUGCAUCGCUGCGGAGCCGCCGCGUGGGCCCUGAACAGCGGCGGCGCCGCUUGGGCUGUCCAGGCUCGACGCUGGAUCCCGCUGGCCUAGGGUUCGACGGAUGGGGUGAUCUGUGCGCGAGCGGCGAGGCCAGACGAGGAGAUCCUCCCCUGCCGGCGCCCAUGUUUCUGACGCCGCUGUGCGCCUUCCAAAGGUGGGAGCUAGAGACAAUGGACAACAUCCAUAGUCUGGACCCACGAAAACAAGAAUUGCUGGAGGCUCGGUUUCUGGGAAAUCGGCAACUGUGCAACAACCUGGGGCAGGGUCCCUACCUUAGCCAGGCGGCGGUGUCGUCGCAGUCGUCGUCGGGCGGCGUGGGUGGUGGUGGUGGCGGUGGCGGUGGGGCGGUGGCGGCGUCGCCCGUGGGCACGGUGGCCCCCGUGACGUCCCUGGGGCUGGGCUCCGUGCCCACGUCCCAGCUGCUGGCCCACGUGUCCUCCUCGGGCAGCUCCAACAACACCAACCACAACCAGGACUCUAACAUGAGCAAUGCCAGCCUCGGCUCGCAGCACAGUGACAAGGAGCUCGACCAGACGCCGGAGAAGCACCAUCGAACACCACCCCAGACGGAAAGGAAGAGGAAACGUAAAGAAGAGCUUGUUCCCGCCGCAGUGAAAGGAGCCAGGGGAGGCGAAAACCCAAAGAAAAUGAAUGAGUACUUUAAGAACCAGGGGCAUAGCCCUAGCCGCUUUGGAGGGGCCAGGUCGCCCGUGCCACAGGGCUACUGCCUGGGUGGUAGUUCGCUAGUGUCCUCUCUAGCGGGGACUGGCCUGAACAGCCUGGACUAUGCGGGUCUCAUGGCGCCGCCUCAGAGGCCGGUGCAGACGAUGACACGGCAAGCCCAAACGGACCUCACUAUCAACAAGAUCAAAGAGCUGGAGAGCAAGUCUGCACUCGACCUGGAGAUGCGGGACAACCGGAUAGACGAGCUACAGAGGGGCGGGGAGGAGCACAGGCGGCAGAUCCAGGCGCAACAAAAAGUUAUCCAAAAGCAGGAGGAGCAGCUCCUCAAGUGUAUAGAUGUUACAAAGCAACUUCUCAUAGAAAAGUCGGCAAUGGAGAAAAAACAGUCUCGGCAAAAAUGCAUGCAGAACCGGCUAAGGCUAGGCCAGUUUGUAACGCAGCGGCAAGGGGCAUCAUUUGUUGAAAACUGGGUGGACGGCUACGCAUUCAACGAGUUACUAAGGAAGCAAGAGCAGAUAUCGUCUGAACGGGAAGAGAUUGAGAGGCAACGGAAACUCCUGUGUAAAAAGAAGCCCAACACUGGGCAACCAAAGGGCAAGGCGGCCAACAACGGUGCCGCUGCCCUCGCCAAUGGGGAGUUUGUCAAGCCCGAGUCUCCAAAAGACCUGUCGCUGGUGCGGCUGUCGUGGUACGAGUACUACGAGCAGGAGGAGAUACUGAAGCUACGCCAGGUGUCCCUGAAGAAGGAGGACACAGACCUGCAGCUGGAGCUGGAGAAGCUGGAGCGGGAGCGCAACCUGCACAUCCGAGAGCUCAAGCGCAUCCACAACGAGGACCAGUCCAGGUUCAACAAUCACCCUGUCCUAAACGAACGGUACCUCCUCCUAAUCUUGCUGGGCAAGGGAGGAUUCAGUGAAGUGCACAAGGCCUUUGACCUCAAGGAACAGAGGUACGUCGCCUGCAAGAUCCACCAGCUAAAUAAGGACUGGAAAGACGACAAGAAGGCUAACUACAUCAAGCAUGCGUUGAGGGAGUACAACAUUCACAAGUCUCUAGACCACCCGAGGGUUGUGAAGCUCUACGAUGUCUUUGAGAUUGACCCCAACUCGUUCUGCACGGUGCUGGAGUACUGCGACGGGCACGACCUGGACUUCUACCUCAAGCAGCACAAGUGCAUCCCCGAGCGGGAGGCCCGCUGCAUCGUCAUGCAGGUGGUUCAUGCGCUCAAGUACCUCAACGAGAUCAAGCCCCCCAUCAUACACUACGACCUCAAGCCUGGUAACAUCCUGCUGGGUAGCGGCAGCCUGAGCGGAGAGAUCAAGAUCACGGACUUUGGGCUGAGCAAGAUCAUGGACGACGACAACUACAGCCCCGAGUACGGGAUGGACUUGACGUCGCAGGGUGCGGGCACCUACUGGUACCUGCCGCCCGAGUGCUUUGUGGUGGGCAAGACGCCGCCCAAGAUCUCCUCCAAGGUGGACGUCUGGAGCGUCGGGGUCAUCUUCUACCAGUGCCUGUACGGCAAGAAGCCAUUUGGGCACAACCAGUCUCAGGCCACCAUCCUGGAAGAAAACACGAUCCUCAAGGCCACGGACGUGGAGUUUCCAGCCAAGCCUGCAGUCAGCAAUGAAGCCAAGCAAUUCAUCCGUCGCUGCCUGCAGUACCGCAAGGAGGACCGCAUCGACGUGUUCAGCUUGUCCAACGAGGAGUACCUGAAACCAAACUAUUCAAAACACGGCCGGCAAGCCAGUGCCUCCGACAAGGACAAGUCGUAGCCGCCGCCGGGGCAGUUAUCGUGGCUACAAAAGAAAGGGACUGGCAGACAGCUCGCCUCGGGCGCCGGAGGAGCAAAACCAAAUGGCGGCGACGACGACAACGACGGCGGGGACUGCCCCGCCUCGCCGCUUCCCCGGAGGGCCGGCGCUUUUGUUGUGGUUGUUGUUGUUUUUUUCUUUCCGGGGGACAACCAACGGGCGGGAGACGCCGGGUCGAGGAGAACGGACGGACGUGCGGGACGUUGAGGUCGCCCACCGCCGGGAGUGAUUGUGUGCGUGCGUGCGCGUUGUGUGUUCGCAACGAGACUGUUCCUCUCUUUCUCUCUCUCCCUCUUUUUUUUUCUGUUGUAAAAUAUUUGGCGUGCAUGCGUGCGAGCUGAGAGAGAUGGACGGACCUGAGGAAGGGGGAGGUGCCCCCAUAGAGAGGGGGGCGGAGCAAGCAACAACGGGAGGGGGGGGGGGGGACAUGUUUCCUUGCCUUCCUUCCUUCCUUUUUCUUUCUUUCCCCCCUUCCCUUUCGAUUUGUUUCGUCCUAAUAAUAGGUUAAACGGGUGUCACUUGUUUCCCAGAAACCGCGUGAUAAGUUUUUUUUUUUUUUAGGUAGGGGAAAUGUGAAAAGAGAAGAGGGUUUUAAGUUUGGACUCCUUUUAACAAAGAAGUGUCUCGUCUGCCCACAAUCCCCAACUCCUUUUUUCUUUUUCCUUUUUUUGUCGUGGUGGCGUGGCCCCUUAUAUCUGAAGAAACCCUCACUAAAGUUGAAAAAACAAAAAAAGGAACGCGAAAGUGAUGCUGCCAUCAUCAUAUCCUCACCCUCUCCUUACGUUUAAGGCUAUCAAGAAAAGCAAUGCAAUUUUGUUGACUCUCUAUAAAAGGAAUAUGAGACUGUUUUUGUUUAGGACAAGAAGCUGCCAUUGACAAUUCUUUGUAAUUUUUUUUAACCCCGAUACAUGAUGCAUAGUUCUUCCUACCAUUCACCCGCAUUUCGUUGCCGUGUAAUCUAGCCCACUACCCUGGCUUGCAAGUGUGUCGCACCUGCCCACGAAAAGAGCUAGCAAAAUUUUGUGUAAAAAUCAUGACCGUUUUUUCUUUUUUUCGAGGUGCCGUAAAAUUGUUGCAUUGUGGGUAGCGGUGUGACAUCUGUCUUGGGUGGAUGGAGUGGUGGGGGGUGGGGGUGAACACUACCUUUGACAUUUCCUGCCUUUUGGAGGAACGCUACGAUACACACUGACGGAAGAUGUCUCACGAUAGCACUCUGUCAGCCUCUUGUCGGUGCAGUCCAUCCAGAGAUCGUUUUUCUUUUAUUUCGUCGUUCCAUUUUAUUUUUCUAGAGAGAGGACACAUGUGUUUUCUUCCCAUUUUUCGUAGCCACUUUUUCAACUGGUUUCGUCUGGCGUUGGUGCCGACGGUAAUCGUGGUGGCGUAGCGACUGGGAAAAGGAAAGAACUGAGCAUUUUUUCCCCCCUUCAUUUUGUACAGCAUUGUUUACGAGACCCUCGCGGGAGGGUGUUUUUGAUACGCUUUGUGGGAAGGCCACUGUACAUAGCGAGAAGGAGAUGCGUUAGGUAGACGUCCGCCUCCCCACCACGAACAAUUCUUUUUCCUCGAGUGCUACUAUUUUUUAUUUGGUGGGGAGGGGGUGUGCUUUUUGCUAUCCAAUCACAAACUAGCCUUUCGAUGCGAGAUUUAAAAAUCCCAUUAUUAUUAUUUUUUAUUGUUUCACCUUUCUCUGUUUUUUUUUUUUCUUCUUUUUUCGUGGUGGUGUCCAGUCAACUCGGGGGAGCACAUUUUCUAGUCAAGCCCCGUACACUUUUUACUUCGAAAAAAAGAAAGUUCCGAACUUUAUAGGACUGGAUGGGCGGGCAGACCUCGCUCAGCCUCCACACUCUGUGAUGACUUACUGCCGGUAGAAACGCCGAACACACGUAUCUUGACAGACUCUCCGGAUGGACUGGCAUCGUGCCCCCUCCCCUCCCCUCUACUCCCCUCCCCUUCAACUUCACUCUGUCGCAACAAAGGAAGAGAGAAAAAAAAGUGGGGUGUCGGACUGUUAUUGGUCUCUGCCACAUCUUAUUGUGGGAGUGGGGUCUUUGGGCUAGGAGAUCAUCUCACAGAGAAGAUAGAAUGUAUAAUGUGAAGCGAAAAGGUGUUAUGAAGUUUCUAUUCAAACAAAAAGUGUGUGCAAACAGUGCUCAUUUCUUCCAUCUCUGACUCGGCUUGUUGGUUGGUACGUAUAGUAGCGAUUUUUAAAACAAUUGUGAGUGGCGGGAGAAGAAACGGAAAGACGACUCCGCCGUUCUUUGGGACUGCAACUGCCGCUGCCUCCGCUGCAAGUGUUUGCCGAAAGAAGAAAAAAAAAAAAAACAACAGAAAGCGAGCCACGAAGGGCGCGCACGCAUGUGCAACAUGUUUUCGUUGGGGGUGGAAGGACUUUAGCCGGCGCAGAAACUCUCCUCUCCAGAUUCCUCUGUGAGGAGGAGGUUUCUGUGUUUAUUUAUUUUUAAGUUUUGCCCAGUAAAAAACAUGAAAACAUCAGAAAAAAAGAAACUCCUUCGUUUUCUCGUUUGUUGCGUUGGCGGCGCCGACCGGACCGCCGACACGUGUUGUGGUCUGGUGCGACGUGUGCCAGCACAGGAUCGACCAUGGCACUGUGUUGGUGUCUUUAGAAAAAAUUUGCAUUUUGAAACAAGCAAUGGAUAUAGAUCAGCUGGACAUAAGCAGAAGGGUAAGCUCUAAAUAAGUACAAAGGUUAUCCUAGAGCUACAAAAGUAUUGGCAGGCCCUUGGUGCCAGAAUAAUGCUGUCACCUGCAGCAUUCAUUUGGCAUGCUUGUGUAUAUGCCCAUUUACUUUCCUUUCAAUUUUAAUAUAGGCAAAAGAAAUUAUGUAAAUUGAUAAACAUGGUUCAACCUUUUGUCCACUUACGAGUUUUAAAUGGUGCCGAUGUUUAGGCAGUUGCUCGGUAUUUUGUAGCAGCCUGGAGAUUGGUGCUAAGACAUCGGGAACUGCGGAAAGGUGAAUCUAAGUUUGCCCAGAAUUGGCAAGAGGGUUGAGGUGCUUGAUGAGAAUGGGAAACCACUCAUCACUUCUAGAAAAGAGCAAGCUUUGUUCAUAGUUCAUAUGCUGCACGAAGUAGUUUGUACAAGAUCUGGUUGUUGGAGAAAAAAUUGUGCUUUCUGCAUGUG